UUUUCACGCGGCGCCCACCCCAGCUUUUCACGCGGCGCCUUCCAGCGAGAUGGAUCUGACACAGGUGCUGCCGGAGGAAUUGCUCGCCGAUGUGCUCCGCCGUGUCGCACCGCGCGGCCUCGCCGUGUGCCGCUGCGCCUGCAAGGCCCUGCUGGGCAUCAUCGACGCACGCCGCCUGCUGCGCACGGACCUCCUCCCGCACUCCGUCGGCGGCAUCUUCAUCAACGUCCACAGCGAACAUGUGUCGGAGUUCUUCGCCCGUCCCUCGACGGGCCCCACCAUCUCCGGCAGCUUCGACUACCUGCCCCCUACCGAUGGGCGCUCACCGUAUCGCGGUAUAAUACAGGAUCACUGCAAUGGCCUUGUCUUACUCGAAGAUUAUUCCGAGAAUUAUUAUGUGGUUAACCCGGCAACCAGACAGUGGGAUUCUUUGCCGCCGCACCAGUCCAUGUCGAAGUCCAAAGUGAGGGAUGCAGACUUCAGAUACCAAGAGUACCUCGUGUUUGAUCCCACGGUAUCACCCCACUAUCAGGUGUUUGUGAUCCCAAAUCCUAGGCGCAAAACGAAGCCCGAAGAUUUUGGUUAUGACAAAAGGAUUCAUGAAUUAGACCCCAUUAUGGAGAAAUCUGAAUGGCCACCAUCUGUGUGCGCUUUGCACGUUUUCUCCUCAAGGUCCGGCCGUUGGGAGGAGAGGUCUUUUAUUCGAGAUGGGAAGGCUGCAGGCACCAUCGCUGAUAUGUGGGGGCACUCCGACUGCUACUAUGACAAGCAUUAUGCUGUCUACUGCCGGGGUGCACUUUACGUCCACUGCAAAACUGAUUUCGUAAUGAGGAUCUCUUUAUCAAAUGAUAAGUACCAAGUAAUUAAACCACGGAUACAUGGUGAACUCGGUGAGUGCAGAAAGCUCCAUCUUGGACGAUCAGAAAAUGGGGUCUACCUUGCAACUACUAGUUUUGAAACGUCUCAUCUUAUGGUUUGGGUCCUUGACGAAUCAUGUGGCCAAAUGAAUUGGGUCUUGAAGUAUAACAGUUGCCUUCCACCCAUACUGGAUUAUGAUCGUCCUGUUCUUGGCCCAUGGGUCUUACAAGAUGUUAACUAUAAUGAGUAUCUCAAAGAGAGAGAGGAGCGCACUGGAGGUUUUGAAGAUACGGAAUACAUGGAAUACCUAAAAGAAAACAAAUUAGAGUUAAACUCUGGCAAGGAAAAGCUAGUGGAAGAAAAGUUUGAAUGGGACUCUGAAAAUGACAACAUACUUCAUAAGGAAGAUGUGGUUGAUGCUCAUGGCAAUGGAUACUUUGAUAUCCUUGGAUUCCAUCCAUAUAAAGAGGUUGUCUUUCUGGGUGUAUCAAUGUACAGAGGAAUUGCCUAUAAUUUCAAAGAUUCAAAGGUUCAGGACCUUGGCUACUUAUACCCAACCAGUGGCGAAUCUAAGGGCCAGGCUUCGCAUGGCUUGAGCCUACCCUCAAAAAUCGUGAAUUGAUAUUUUACUACUAAGCCUCAGGCUAUUUGGCAGGCCCAGUCCAAGUAAAACAGAUGCAGCCGGCUCAUCUAAGCCAACUAGGCCACGCAGAGCCUACCCUGCAUUUCCAUCCUAGAUUCGCUGCUGUACCCAACAACUUGUCAUUUGGCAUUGCCGAAUGAGUGUUUCAUAACCGAGUCAUUCCCAUACACACCCUGUUGGACAGGAGCACCAGUAAGCAAUUAACAAGAAUGUAGAAGACAGGGCACCGGUAAGCAAUUAACAAGAAUGUACAAGGGCAACUUAGAGACUGGUAUGCUGGUUGGAACCCAAUUGAAGAUCACAAUAAAUGGCCUAAUCAUGUUUAAGGCCUUGUUCAUUUUUAUUUAGCACUGGAUUUAUAAUUAUCCAAUCAAGUGUCCAUAUUUUCCAUAUCGAUUCUAAAAACAUGUGACAUAACAGUGUAUCAUAAGGCAAAUGGGAAAAUAUAUCAAAUAUACUUCAUUGCUUUGU